AGUCACUCGUACAAAGGCCAGAGCAAGCGUUGGCCACAUGUGUUUUGCAGACCGCUUUUCUGUAGAAAAAAGAUCGCCGAAAAUGCUGUGUUUACGUAAUCCGUGGUAACGUGACGUUGGAACGGUGCUCCUGAACUCGCUUGCUGUUGUGACAAAAUUAUUAGCCUGUUCGUCAAACAAGCUAGGAAAUAACCGCAAGAUAUAAAAGAAGAACGCAAAGAAGAAAAAUUACUUGUACUAACAAGGUGUACGCUGGUUAUCUGCUCGAACUUCUUCCUUUCCGCUCGGCACGUAUUGUUUGCACCUGCGUAUCAUCUGUAAAGAAGGUAGACUAAAUCGUUUAAUUAUUCAUCGUCAGUCAGAGAAAUAUUUGUACCGGCUGAUUUUCGUUCGUCCAGUGAAAUCGCCGAGUCAGCGUGUUCUUAACCACGCAGCCUACCACCUCGUGUACAUGUGUCGAAGAUUCAUCGCACGCUAGAUAAGAUCGCGAUAAAGAUACAUUUUCUCGAAAAAUUUUCGUCGGCCGAAUUUUUAAAGGGCGAUUGAAUUAAAAUAGCAGGUAGAAGGUAAAGAAGAGACAUUGUGUCAGGUAUUCGGUAACGACCGCGUGUACCUGCCGCGCCUUCUGGAAAGAGCGAUCCCUCGUGACGAGUAGGUGUUCUACUCAUUAACAGAGAAACCAGCAACGACUGACGUUCUUCGCUCGAGUUAAAUUUAACACGAAUGUCUGUUAAAUUUAACAUGUACGUGUCUCGUCAGGCGCGAAUUUGAAGAAGAAGAAAACAUGUGUCCAGUUCGUAAUAUGAAGGGCACCCUUGGACUGAUGUUUUAAAAGCCCAAUCAACACGAAACAUCUUGAAUCUCCGAUCGGACUACGAGAUUGCUCGAUUAGAUUGAUGUGUUCGAGGGUGUUUAACGUUCCUCAGGACCCGUCAACCGCCUGAGAAGGAGCUGAACAUCGUGAAAUCUUUUCUAACCAAGUUCCUCGUGUUCGGGCCUCGUGUUUUGUCUUUCGGCGCGUACUAUUCAAAAUGGCGGCCAAGGUGGCCAGUGGUACUCAGGGAAGUACCCAGAGAGAACAGGGCCCCGGAGUCUCUUAUGCAAGUAUCUUGAAUCCAAAAAGCGGCAAUGACACCCGGGUUGCUAAUAAGGGUAACAACAAGGAAAAUAUAAGCGGUCAAAUGGUUCAGCAGCAAGCUAUGCCCAUCAGGGAUCGCAUCGGUUCUCAGAGUUUAACUGCCAAGGGGAAGUCUUCUCAAAGAACUGGAAGAAGAGUCAAUCCGCAGAGUAAAAUUGAGAAACAUUAUGAAAAUGAAUUGCCUACUGUUGAACAGAAUCAGUUGGUUACUUGGAAGGAGAAUUUAGUUGAGCAACAGUCGGAAACUGUCGUUGAACAACUGAAUGGCGACAUUGGGAGUGAUGGAGAAUUCCAAACAGUAGCGCCAAAAAGUGCUAGGAGGAAAGAGAAGUUACGAGAACAGCAGCGAGAAUUUAGGGAAAGACAGAGAUAUCGUGAUCACAGACAUCCUCUUCGUGGCCACACUAGAAGUAAUGAAAGAGGAUAUAAAGAGCGAGAUCGUGGAGACAAAGGAAGUAUGGACCACGUUGUGACAAGUAAGGAUGUUUCGAAGGACAAGGAAGAACCAGAGGCAGAGUCACAAAUUCAGUCUUCAACUUCUGUCAAAUACGUGGAAGCUCCUUUACCUGCAAUCAAUCCUUGGACCAAAAGUAAAAUUGCACCACCAGUUACAUCUACAAAUUUUGCUGCUAUACCGUCAGCAACUGUAGUGUCCGUAGAGAAGCAAAUUGAGAAGGAAAAGAGAGUACUUCAACCUCAACAGCAGCAAGGAAUUGUUGAAAACGGCAUCAACGGUGGAAAUUAUCCCACUAUUGUGACGGUGUCAAAGGAUAGGAGAAAAUUUAAUCAAAAGGCGAGCGAUUUCUCGGAUAUCGGCGAUUGGCCAACUUUAGAAGCUUCAGGAGAGAAAAAGACAGUUGUGACAACACAAAAGCAAAAUAAUUUGGUUGAACCAAGCAAUGGCAAAGAAAGUAGCAGUAAUGUUGUCGACAGCAGAGGAAAGGAAAACAAAGAGCAGAAUCAUUGUCAAGAUGAUAAUGAAGAACACGUAGAUAUUAAUGACAAGAAAAAGAAAGCGAACAAGCAAAAAUGGGUGCCGUUGGAAAUUGAUAUUACGAAGAAUCGAAGUAAAAGAGACCGUUCUCCGAAGUAUCACCAUCAAAGGGAAAAGAAUGGAGAAGCAGAAAUAGAUUUGUAUAGAAAUAGGGAACAUGAUAGACCAGCGUACAUCGCAAGAGGCGGUCGAGGUGGACGAAAUUAUAGAGGAAGAGGAGGGCGUGGUGGACGAGGUGCUUAUCGAGGUAGUUUUAGGCAAAGGCAUGACCAAGUCUAUAUGCAGAUGCAUAAAUUUGGACUUUUGGAUCCUAAUUAUAUGAUGGCUUAUAUGGGGACAUUUUAUUUCAAUAACCCAAAUUUUAUUAAUAUAAAUACAACGACACUUAAGGAGUUUCUAAGGAAUCAAAUAGAAUAUUACUUCAGUGAGGAGAAUCUUUUAAGGGACUUUUUUCUGCGUCGUAAGAUGGACACACAAGGGUUUUUACCUAUUACUUUAAUUGCUUCUUUCCAUCGUGUGCAGACUUUAACAACAGAUGUUGGACUUGUUAUUGAAGCGAUUAUGGAAUCUGAUAAAUUAGAAUUAGUGGAUGGAUAUAAGGUCAGAACGAAAAUAGAUCCUUUGAAGUGGCCUAUUUUGGACGCGACUGGAAAUCCUGUAUUGUCGGAACUGUUUGAUACUUCUAAUACAUCCCAAAACGAAGUAAUACUCUCCUCCACGUCUGAAUCCGAUUUUUGUCCUGCUGCCCGACCUUUAUCAACGAUUCCUAUUCCCCCAGUUCCGCGUGUUUUUCAAUCCAAUAACAUUGUCCCGACAAUAGGAAGGCUUAGUGAAUCCGAAAGCAUAUCCUCGUCGAUUGGCGAUAGUUUAAAUCCUGAUGUACCAGAAUUCAUACCAAACGAACCUGUUAUGUCUGAUAGUAAAAGCGAACCAUCCAAGAUAGAAAAACAAUCGGAAAAAAUAAAAAGCUUUCCACUGUCAUCAAGUGACGAUUCAUCGCUGUUCUUGAAAAAUGAAUCUUUAGAACAAGAGAAUAAAACAUCUGCAACAACAAAGUGUUCUAGUCCAAAUCCUGUACCAGAAAUGCAAGUCAAUGGGGAAUCACAAUCGGUCAAUGACGUUUGGAAAGAGGUAAGGCGAAGAGUGAAACCAUCACAUAAGGAGAAAAGCGAAGAAAAAGAAAAAGUUGAUAACGUUAAAAGUGAAGAGAGAGAAGAAUUAGACUUUCAAUUUGACGAGGAACUCGAUACUCCACCUCCAACUGGCCGGCACAAUGCGUUUUCUGAAUGGUCUGAAGAUGAUGAAGAUUAUGAAUUAUCCGAUAGAGAUGUCAAUAAACUUUUAAUCUUUACACAAACGACAGUACCUAUGUCAACACGCAUUCCAAAACAUGAGGGUCAUGAUAGGACUGGAGAUUGGACAACUAGAGUAAAAAUGACCCAAGAUCUUGAGCAAGCUAUUAAUGAUGGUUUAUACUACUAUGAAGAAGACUUAUGGAUUAAAGACGGUCAAAGAUACGGAUCUUCUUCUUCAAUUGGAAGCUAUAAAACUGUCAAUGUAAUUAGUCAAGAAGAUUUUGAAAAGAUGGCUCCUAAAGCGCCUAAAAAGACUAAUCCAGAAGUUCCUCCUCCACCACCAGCUGCAAUAGAUGAUAUAGAAAUGUCUCAUUCUCUUCCAACACAGAUAUCAGCAACUACAGAUAAUCAAGAAAAAAGAGAUCGUCGUAUAGACAGAAGUCGGUGGAAUGAUAAAUCGAGAAGAGACAGUAGGAGUGGUAGAAGAGGAGUUCCACGUUUCUUUGCGGUAGUAAAGGAUGAACCUUCGGUAGAUCCUAGAACACCGCGUAAACGAAAAACACGACACAGCAAUAAUCCUCCUGUUGAACAUCAUGUUGGUUGGAUUAUGGACGUUCGGGAGCAUCGACCGCGUACUUAUUCUACAGGAAGUAGCACAGGAACAAGUCCAAAUGAAGGUUACCUUGCGAGUAGUUACGGAAGUGCACCGCAAUCAUUGCCUACUUUCCAUCAUCCGAGUCACGCUCUUUUAAAAGAAAACGGUUUUACACAGCAGGUUUACCAUAAAUAUCAUUCACGUUGCUUAAAAGAACGCAAGAGACUUGGAAUCGGACAAUCUCAAGAGAUGAAUACACUUUUCCGUUUUUGGUCAUUCUUUUUACGGGAAAAUUUCAAUCGUACUAUGUACGAAGAAUUCAGGACUGUAGCCAAAGAAGACGCUUCCGAAGGUUAUCGAUAUGGUUUAGAAUGUCUUUUCAGAUUCUAUAGUUAUGGUUUAGAGAAGAGAUUUAGACAACACUUGUACAAAGAUUUCCAAGUCGAAACGAUACAGGAUUAUGAAAGUGGUCAAUUAUAUGGAUUAGAAAAAUUCUGGGCAUUUCUGAAAUAUUACAAACAUUCUGACCAACUUCAAGUAGACCCCAAAUUACAAGAAUAUUUAUCCAAGUUUAAAAGUAUCGAAGACUUUAGAGUGGUCGAGCCUCAAAUAAAUGAAAUGUUGCAAACAUUUGCUGCAAAUUCACGAUCUCAAGCCGCAAAAAGGCGAAACAGAAGUGUGUCCGAAAGUGCAGGUGAUGGUGAUGCUUCACCCUCCAACAGAGUUCGUCGACUAUCGGGUGGUUCCAGUGCUGUAACACUGCCAACGUCAAGUUCUGAAAACAAUCCUGCCGCGCAAAAGUCUCGUGUAGAUUCAGUAAAUCUUUCACAACCUCGUAGCAGAGUCAAUUCGUUUGGAUCUGGGCGAUUAACCCUCCGAGUACAGAGAGAACCCUGCUAGUUCUUUUUCUUUAAACAAUCAACGAGAUUUAAGUAAAGAGCAGCAGCAACAAUCACGAAACAAAGUUCCGGUUUGUGUACGAAGACUCGGAAAGUGAGUGGCAAGCCUCAAAACACUAGCAGAGAUCGUUUACAGACGACCUCGAAGUCCAAGCAGACGAAAUCAAUCACAAUCAAGACGGAUAGCACAUCGAUUUCUCAAAAGUGAGGUCAACUUGAAAACGGUGGCCUUAAAAAAAAAUCUGAUUGUGCCUGAAGUUACAUUAUUACAUCGAACUUCGUCCGAGUUCUCUUUAGCUAGGAGCCACUGAGAAAAAUCCGUUGGGUCUGAAUGCAUGAACUGAGACAAAACAAUGCAAUUUUUUUUAUCUAUUGUGAUAUCUCGAAUUACCGAAGGCUUAAGAGAGAGUAGGAAGUAAAUCAUUUGCACAAAAAGCAAAGUAUAAAAUGUUUUAUAAUAGAACGAAUCAAUUGAUUACUCGAAUGCUUUCUGAAACAAAACAUCAUGCAUGUUGAAAUUCUCCACGUUUGUUUUUAGAGAGACAAUCGAUUUUGUUACUAUCUCAGAAAAUCAGUGAAUUUAUAUGUGUUCAUAAAUUCACAGUUCCGUGAUAGUAUUGUUUUUGAGGUGUAUCAAAAUUUAUCUGCCUUAUGCAAUAAAUAAUAAAAGUCGAUAGCAUUGAUUAAAAAUUUUGUGCUGGAGACAGAAAAUUGUGAUCAUUGAGAAUGCUCAUUUAAGUAAAUAUAAAAAGACUGACAGUACACGUUACAUGUUUCUUGUAAAUUCAAGAGCCUCUCAUUUACAAAUUUGCUUUCAAAUUAUUUUGAAACAUAAAUUAUAUCGAUACUCUGAAAUUCUAAAUUAUAUAUCUAUGAUUUUCUUUUCUACGCUACAAGAGACACUUAAACAGAACAAGUUACUUUUAUCAAAACUGUUGAUACGACCUCUUAAAUAAUAUUAUUGAACCAAUGUAUAAAAUAUGAAAUAUGCUUCCCGUGUUGUUUAUAUCUUUCUAUUUCUUCCUUUCAUUGUCUUCCUAACGAAUCUUUAAUUAUCACUGAAUCAGAAUUAAAUCAAGUCGGUGAAUUUCUGUGCAGUAACUUAUAAUUAGUUGGUGAUAUAUUUUACGAAUUUAUCGGCUCCUUAACUAAAUUAUAUAGUUAGAAAUAUACAAAUUAGGAGAAUAUAGAAAUUGUGAUUAGUUGCAUGUCAAUUCUUGAUUUUAAUUAUAAAAAUUAAUUAUUUCUAAAUAGCGGUUCCUAUGUUCGUUGAAAUUAAUUUUAUGCUUACAAUGAGCAAUUUAAAAUGCUUUCAAGUCUGAGAAAAAUUAUGUUAUUCUUAGCAAAAAAGGGAUGCGUGGUUUAACAAAAAUUUGAACACUUUUUAAACAUUUUUUGAGGAAACGUGUUAAAGAUAGUUGUAUGAUUUUAUUGUAUUUAUUUUAAAAAUAGAGACAAUAUAGGGACAUCCUUAAAUAGCUUCAUAAAUAGCUUCGUAUAAAUAUUUUUUUGUAUUGUAUUUAAAGGAUAAUAUUAUUUUUACAUAAUCUGACAUUUCUCUAUGUUUUUGUUAGAAUUAUUUUUAAUCAUGUACUCGAGAAAAAUUCUUGAAAUUCAUUAAUUAAAUUCUUAGAAUUAAAACCUAGCCACCAUAUUGAACUGUGCAUCACGAUUUAGAAUUUCCUGUAAUAUAUAUAUAUGUAUAUAUUGCUACAAAAAUAAUUCAAUCUUUUUAUAAUUCUACGUGAUUACAAAAUGUUAUUUCUUGUAAAUCAUGUAUCAUUCAUUAUUACAAUGAAUACAUUUCAAAGAGUAAGUUAUUUUUUACAUUGACGUAAAUGCGCAAAGCAACUUCGAUAUUGUGAUAGAAAAUGGAAAUUCAAUUUUGAUACUUCUGUGAAUAUUUUUGUCUCCCAGUUUCUUUUUCAAAAUAUUUCGUCAAUCGAUAUUCUGACCUUUUAUAAUUCGUAAGAUGUAUAUAAAAGAAGACAGAAAUUGAAGAUUAUUUGAAAUCAAAGAAAAUUAAAAAUUUAGAAUUAAAUUCCUAUCUUUACUCGCAGCCGCUUCAUCAAAAUUUUCAUUUGAUUCCCUCAGAUAUACCAUUUUUAUAUUUAGAGCGUUAAUCUGUUACUUCUUUUGACAUUCUGUGUCUCUAUUUAAAAUUACAAAAUUAAGAAUAUUUGUAUUAAUAAAAACGAACAUUUUUUUUAGCAAUCUAUUAAUUCGAUUAAAUUUAUCAUGAUGAAUACAGAAAAUAAAAUAAAUAAUAAAUCACAUUGCUAUAAAAACACCGGAAACGAGUACGAUGAAAAACAAAAAUAAAAUAGAUGUUACAGUAGUCUCGAACGGACGAAGAUCGAUUAGCAGAAAGCAACAGAGAGAAAGAGAGUAAGCGUGAAAAUAAACAUAAGCGGAUACUAAACAAAAAAAAAAAAAAAAAAAAAAAAAAAGAAAAAAACAAAAAAAAAAUAAAAUAAUGGUGCCAGAAAAAGAACUAACGCUGUGGAUAAAUGAAAGAAGCCACAAUUAAAUAGUGAAUUUCUCAUGUACAUAGAAUACGUUCGUAGUCUAUUUUGCCAUUUCGUAUACAACGGCGUAGGAUUAAGUUGAAGCUAUCUUUUAAACGAGUGAUUUACUCUAAACUAAAAAAAAGAGCGUAUCGCUAUAACAAAAAAAGAAAAUAGAAUUGUAGAUUUAAUCAAAUUUAGGGUACGAGUAACAAUGGUUCUCGCGCUAGAACUCGAUCGUCGUUCUUCAAUUUUAUUUUCUUCGGUCGUGAUCUGUCUAUCAUGAUUGUACUUUUCAUCAUUCUUGCGUCAAACGUUUACAUAUUAUUUUUAUAUUAAAUGAUAUGUAUGUACAUCGUAAGCAGCUCUUUUGUUAUUGUCAUUUUGUUGAUUUAAUGUUUAAAUACGAUUUAAGUGAAGUGAAGAAGACAGAUAGUAUAUGUAUGCACGAUGAUUGAGUGUAAUUUAUUGCGGCAUUCUUACAAAACUUGGGAAUCUUGUAAAUUCUCGUUUUCGAAGUAAAUUCUUAUUUCGAUUAUAUUUCAGUAUGUGUGACAAAUGGAUAAUAUUUUUUUUACUAACACUUGCUUAAUUUUUUAUUAUCUACACCUAUUUGGAUGAUAAUAAUUUCACUUACUGCUAGUUUUUUCAGUGCAUUCAUAAAUCGAGUUUUAUUUGUUUCUAAAAAAAAAUAAUUCAUUAUAUUAAGUCCGUCAGCGAGCCAUCACAUUGACCACUCUGUAUCAUAAGUAAAAAAUUUCACCUAAAAUCAUUAUCAAAGAAUGAAUGUCAUAGAAACUUUAUUUAUUAAAAAAUAGGACUUUUCCGAAUGAACGACGAUCUUAUAUGAAUACUAUGAAUAAUUUAUAGUUAUAAUAAUUAUAAUUAUUAUUAUCGUUAUAAUAAUUUCGGAAGUUGUGAAUAAUUUAUAGUUGUAAUAAUUUUUAGAAUCAUGUCGCCAGAUUCUGGAGUCUGUCGUAAAUGGUUAAAAAAAGAAAAAAAAAUUAUAUUAUGUGGCAAAUUCUUAUAUUGUUACUUAUAGACGUGUAUAUAUAUAUAUAUAUAUAUAUGUAUAUGUAUAUGUAUAUGCUCGUAUAUAUGUAUAUAUAUAUGUACUUAUAUAUACACAUACAUGUAUAUUGCUAAUAAACAUUAAUUUUAUGAUUAAGGCUAAAAUUAUACAUUUAUACCAAUUACAUUAUACACAGAAUAUACAGGCUAGGAUGGUUAGGAAGAAAAUGAAGAUUGCAAAGAGGAAAACUGUUUUGUGAAACGUAUCUUUUCUUUACGCAGAGAGGUUAAUCCUCCGCUAGUUUCACUUCUUUUUCCCUUUUCUUUUUGUGUCUUGAUCUCUUAAUUAGGCCCCUGUAUUUAUGUAAUAUACAUGUAGCAUAUUUACAUAUAUAUCUUGAGAACUCCAUUUAUUUCUCAUCCCCUUUUUUUUCUUUUUUUUCAGGCGUGUUCGUUUUAUUUGUAAUCGUGAGAAAAAGAUCAUUGUUAAUAUAUUAUACCUAGUACUAGUAAGUUUAGGGUUGGGCGAUCAUGAUUAAAAAUUCUUUCUUUUCUUCUUUUUUAAGAAUCGAUCACGAGAGUUAUUUGUUGAUGUAUUCAGAUAUCGUAAUUGAUUUUAGGGGUGAUUGAACGAAGUUUCAUGAAAGAAUUUAGUUCAGUCCUUGUUGCUUCAUUCUUCCAAGCAGAUAUUUGACAUUUUUUACAAAAGGAAUUCCCUUUACUGUAAUUCAAUGAUUUUCGCUCAAUUUCUAUAAUUAUUCUUAUGAUGUUUUUUCUUUGUAACGAUGUGAAAAAAAGAAAUGAAAGAAAGAAUAUUGAUGAUUGAAGAAUCAUUGAUUGUGCGAUAAUCGAUGAAUCAUUGCCGAAUUAGUUAUUCAACAAAACGUGAAUUAUUCGCCACAACGUUGUUAACUAAUAACCAGUGGAUCGAUUCCUAGGAAAUUAAUUCAAAUAUAGGCGUGAAGUUAAGUUACUUAAUAAUCGUACGUAUUAAUAAGUUAGGAAAGAAAAAAAAAAAGUAAAUAAACAAAUGCAAUGAAUUGGAGAAAAAGAGUCUAUUAUCGACACUUUAAUUCUCGAUUAUUAACUUCAAUUAUCAAUCGAUUAUCAUUAUACUAUAGCUUUUCUAAAUCAACGAUUAUCUCUUGAAAAUUUUUACACGAGACUAUAUAAGACUAGAUGACACGGAAUAUAGAUGAACUAAUAAUUAGAAUUAACCGAAAGAGGGAGAUAGUUUCAUAAAUUAAAGGAACACGUUAUUAUUGUGAGUUUCAUUUUUCCGAAUUUUAUAACAAUAGUUCGGAAAGACGAACUGAUAAGUAACCUCAAAGACUAUAAUUACGAUAAUCUAUUAUAUUAUUAUACUUCAAUUGAAAGAAGAAAAGUGAAUGAU